AUGCCUUCUACGUUUGCUCCUGCAGCGCAGUUGCGGUGGCACUGCACCAGCGUUCUUCCUGCACCUCCACAUGCAUGCCACGAUCCUCACCGUCGGCCACCAAAUGCGGCACGCCCGUGCUUCCUUCGUCAAUGUCACAACCUAAGGAUCACUCUAGAAUGCCAGUACACGUCGGGACAAGAGCGAUCGUCUUUGGCAAGAGUUGGGAUUGCAACGAAUCGCCAUAUACGGUGGCUUCGAAAGCAUCGCAAGGACCGUCAAGGGACGAUACUUACAGCACCAGCUGCGAAACCCCACGAAGCCUUGGAUGUGGCUCCUCGCGGCAUGUAUGGCGUUGCUUCUGUAAAUUCUGUUCGGAGGCGUUCGCCACAUACGGUCCACCCCGCCACCGUAGCCUGCUACGGCCUUCGCUCACGCAGGUCUGCAUCUCGAUCGCCCGUACCCAUAUCAAAUACCCGACUUUCAUAG